AUUCUCGCCCAUUCUCUUCGCAACUUUUACUCGAGAUUUUCUUUUUCUUUUUUCCCCUCAACCCCGCAGAGAUUUCUGAAGAUCGAAGAGGAGAAAUUUGAAAGGAGCUGAAGAAAGUUGAUGGGUACCAUGGCAGCGGCGUCUAAUGGGGUGAGGUCGACGCUGAACCCAAACGCCCCUCUCUUCAUCCCAGCAGCUUAUCAGCAGGUGGAGGACUUCUCCCCCGAGUGGUGGGAGCUCGUGAAGACAACCUCGUGGUUCCGAGACCACUGGCUUCGUCGGCAUGACCAGGAGCGAGGGAGCUUCGACGGCGAGGAGGAGGAGGAGGAGGAUGAGGACGAUGUGGCAAACCUCCUGCCUGAUUCCAUCGAUGUCGGGGUCCCCGAUGAGUUCUCCGGUCUGGGGGCCGUCGACGGCGAGGCUUUUGAAUUUGGAGAGCGGGAGCCCUUCUCUGCUGGGCUGAUGAGGAAACAGAGCUCGAGGGCCGGUGAAGGAGAUGCUGAGGCGGUGAUGAGGAGUCUGAGCUUGAAAUCUGCAAAGAAUGUAAUAACUGCUGCGAAGCCUGUGCUCGAAUCUGCUGCGAAGCACCGUGCGAAGCCACUACUGCAGUAUGCGAGCCCCAAGUUCUUGAGCCCUCGCCGCGUUAUCCUGCAACCUCGCUAGAUAUCUCAGAGUAAAUAGUAUAAAUCUCUGGCCCUUGUGAUGCCCGGAGUGUGCCACAAUCCUCCGUCUCUGAUGUAAGAGGAUCUUAGAUGUGGUUCUAAGCAGUUCAGUUAUUAGAAGGGAAAAAGUUGGUUGCAUGUAGCUACAGACAGAUGCUUCUUGUUCAAUUCGAUAUAUAUAAAAAAAAAAUUGUUUUCAUACUUCCAAACUCUUUAUCAUUGGUGAUAUUGGAGGUUUUGUUUGUGAGUUUGGCGGCUGAGCAGGUGGAAAAGUCCAUAGCAAGUUUUGGAUUCUUGAUCUUUUUCUUGCUAAGAAUAAAAAAGAUAAAUUUGUCAAUCACAGCUCGUUUCAGUAGAGAUUGCUGUCUAUGUUUCCAUAAAUUAACACAGAUGUGAGAAUCACACAAAGUCUUAAUCUUUUGAAAACAACGAUUGCUGUAAUAAACAGAGCUCCCUCAGUGAUUAUUGAAUCUCUUCUUCUUGCGGAAUGCAAUAACAGAUAGCAUACAAAAAAAAAAUUAAAAACAUCACUACAUAGACUGAUGUAAGUGUUGAAACAAUAUUUGAAUAGCAAAAAUAAAGAAAGAAAAUAAUGCAAAGCCCCCUUCUCCUCCUCUCCUU